AUGGAGCUUGAGCUUCAAGGUCAACCCGGUUCCAGUGGAUCGGGCUCCAGCGGAUCGCAUGUGGUUAGCAUCCAUGAUGAUGAGCUGCCCAGGCACACCCGAUUUCUUAGCCCAUCUACUGUGGACUACAAUGCCUACCACAGGCUAAGGCCACCAGAGAAUAUAGAGGAAAAAAAUAGAGAAUGGAAGUGA